AUGGCAUUUGACUAUAAAGUUCACUCAACUCUUCCCCAUAUUCCUAAGACACCAAGUUUCGCGUUCUGGAACCGUACACGAAUUUAUAUUAUGGUUCUGACGCUAGCAUGUCUCACAUUUAUUCAAAUCAACACAGUAAUUUUCAAUUUCACUGUGAUUUGUAUGGAAGAUAUUGUGGAAGAUUAUAACCUACUCACUAACUACACAGGCACUCACUGGUUUCAGAGAACCACCGAAAAAUCGCUACUCUUCUCGGGUGCAGCUAUUGGUGGCCUCAUCGGGCUUAUACCAUCCGUACCCCUCAUCAACUCAAUCGGCUUGCGAAACUUCCAAACAAUAUCUGGCCUGAUUUCUGCUCUCGGCGCGCUUCUUUUCCCCUUGGCAGUUUCCAUCGACUUUUACUCUUCGUUUUUGUGUAGGGUCCUACAAGGAAUGGGCUCAUCGAUUAUAUUCACGUCGGUUGGCGUGGUGCCAGGUGUUUGGGCUCCGAGUAACGAGACGAACACUUUCACGGCAAUAUUGUCAUGUGCUCUUCAAUUGGGUAAUAUUAUCUGCAUGCCUGUGUCGGGAUUUCUUUGUGAAUCGUCAUUGGGUUGGAGGUCUAUUUAUUAUCUUUUUGGAGGAUUAACGGCGAUCAUUUUCAUAAUGUUCUGGUUCACUUAUACUGAUGAUCCAAAGUUGCACAGAAACGUGUCCGAAAACUGUGAAGUUCACCCAACAACAUCGGAUGGCAGGCUACCGAAAAUUCGGAAAACUUCGAGUUUUGUAUUCUGGAACAAAACGAGGAUGUUCAUUAUGAUUUUGACAUUAGCCUGCUUAACGUUUAUUCAGAUCAACACGCUGCUGUUCAACUUUACUGUGAUUUGUAUGGAGGAUGUUGUGGAAAAUUAUAACCUACUCACUAACUACACAGCCACUCACUGGUUUCAGAGAAACACUGAAAAAUCGCUACUCUUCUCGGGUGUAGCAAUUGGUGGCCUGAUUGGCCUGAUCCCAUCGGUACCCCUCAUCAAUGCACUCGGCCUUCGAAAUGUUCAGACCAUAUCUGGCUUGAUUUCCGCAUUCGGUGCACUUUUAUUCCCUCUCGCUGUUUCAAUUGGUUUCUACACAACACUACUCUGCAGAAUCCUUCAAGGAAUGGGCUCAGCUGUCAUGUUCACGUCGGUUGGCGUGGUGCCAAAUGUAUGGGCUCCGAGGAACGAGGCGAACACUUUUAUGGCAAUUUUGUCAUGUGCUCUUCAAUUGAGUAAUAUUAUUUGUAUGCCGGUAUCCGGGCUACUUUGUGAAUCGGCAUUGGGAUGGAGGUCGAUUUAUUAUCUUUUUGGAGGAUUGACUUUUAUUAUGUUCAUUGUCUUUUGGAUUUCUUAUAAGGAUGACCCAAGUUUGCACAGAAAUGUAUCGCAAAAGGAACUUGAAAAAAUCUCCAGCGGCAAAAUUGUCAAGGUACCUUGCCAUUUGCACCGACCCAACUGUUCUUAUCACUUGGAUCACUUGUUUUGGAGGCUUUGUCGGCCUAUAUUCCCUGUCUCUUUACGGCCCAACUUAUCUCCGAGAAAUACUCAAGUUCGAUGUAAGGGAAACUGGAUUUUUGUCAGCUCUUCCAUUUAUUCUAUCAGCGAUUAUCAAGUUUGCAGCCGGCAAGAUUUCAGACAAGUUGUCUUUCUUAUCGGAAAAGUCUCGAUUCGUAUUUUUCGCUGCAACCUCUCAAAUUGGAUUCGUCGCCGGGUUACUUGUAAUGGCUUUUACCACGAAUCGGUUAAUUGCUCAAAUUGCGUUCAAUUUUGCGAUUGUAUCGUCCGGAAUGAAUGUGAUGGGAGUUUUUAAAGUUGUGCAAUUGCGUUGCCUCCAACACGUUCAUUUUGCAAUUGCCGUAAUCUCGUUUACAACUUACUUGGUUCAAUUUUUGGCUCCAGUAAUAGUGGGGAUUAUUUGCCCGGAUAACACUCCAGCGCAGUGGACAACGCUUUUCCUGGUGAUCAGUGCAAUCAUAAUUGUGUGCACGGUCGGGUUCCCAUUCCUCACCAAAUCAGAUGCCGCAGACUAUACCAAGAAGAAGACGGUGGAAUCAUGUCGAAGCUAGUU